GCGCAAAACACCAAUUGACUGGGAGAAAUGCCCAUAUGUACCACGAGCUUCAUUAGUGGCUGAUCCUAUUACUGCUUUUGGAUCGCAUCGCCCAGAUAGUGAACGUCGAAAAUGCUCAAUACUUGACCCGAUAAACCGCGAAGCCAUCAAGCCAAACUAUCGUAUAUUACAUGAACCCAUUAAGCCUUACGUAUCGGCCAGAGAUAGAAAUAGGGAGAGGAUUUUAAAUCUGGCCCGUCAACAUUUCGAUGCCGUAGAAGCCGGAGGUACCACCACCGCUCGCAUUUCACGCGAUAGCAUUGAUGCAAUCCUGCCACGCAUACACCGAGCCGCCUCCGAGAACUUGAAGCCUGUUCGGAGGGAAAGUUACCGCAACGAGCGAUCAGGUGCUACGGUCACAAAAUACUAUUAUUAAGUUAAUAAAGCACUUUAAAUAGAAUUGCUCUUACGAGUCUGUAAAUUCAAGAUAACAAAUGAA